AUGGCUGCCUGCGACACCCGUUUCAAGCUCAACACCGGUGCGGAGAUCCCCGCACUCGGCUUGGGAACAUGGCAAUCCCAGCCCGGCGAGGUUGCGCGCGCCGUAUUCCACGCUAUUAAGGUGGGCUACCGUCACAUUGACGCCGCUCUCUGCUACGGCAACGAGAACGAAGUCGGCCAGGGUAUCAAGGAGGCCAUUGACGCCGGCAUUGUCAAGCGCCAGGAUCUCUUCGUGACCACGAAGCUGUGGUGCUCCUUCCACGCCCGUGUUGAGGAGGGCCUCCAGCAGAGUCUGACAGAUCUCGGACUCGACUAUGUCGACCUCUAUCUGAUGCACUGGCCCUUGGCAAUGAACCCCAGGGGAAACCACAAUAUCUUCCCUAAGCUCCCCGAUGGAUCGCGGGACAUUAUCCACAGCCACUCCCACGUUACUACGUGGAAGAGUAUGGAGAAGCUCGUUGGCACCGGCAAGGUCAAGGCUAUCGGUGUUUCCAACUACAGCGUCAAGUUCCUUGAGGAACUCCUCCCCCAGGCCACUAUUAUCCCCGCUGCAAACCAGAUCGAGAACCACCCCUCGCUCCCCCAGCAGGAGAUUGUCGACUUCUGCAACAAGGCUGGCAUCCACAUCACCGCUUACAGCCCACUGGGCAGCACUGGCAGCCCGCUGUUCACUGCUGAGCCCAUCGUGGCUGUCGCCAACAAGCGCGGAGUUACUCCGGCUACUGUUCUGCUCAGCUGGCACAUCGCCCGUGGCUCUUCAGUCCUGGCCAAGUCCGUCACCCCUGCCCGUAUCGAGGCCAACCGUGCCGACUUGAUCCACUUGGAUGCUGAGGAUCUCGCUGCCCUUCGCAAGUAUAGCGAUGGCCUCCAGGCUGAGGGCAAGCUCCAACGCUUUGUCUACCCUCCGUUCGGUGUCAACUUUGGCUUCCCCGAUAAGCAGUAA